GCGAAUCCCCGACACAUUUACCAAAAUUCAAACAUUUCCCUCUCGAAAUAGGCGCGGGAGGAAGGCAUUUUCGUAUCGGAAGAAGAAUUGGUUGCGAAAGUAGAGGUAGCCGACGCAAGCGCGAGCGCGACUAGAGUUUUUCCCCUCGCGACAAGCACGCACUUGCAUUCACUUGGUUUUAUGUCGUGCAGGUAUCACGAAGAUAAAUGUAGCAACUCCGAAAGUGCCCCCGUGUCAAUUUCGGGGCACAUGUUUCGUCCGCGAUAAACGCCUCGCCUCGCCUCGCAAUAAACACGACUCGUUCGUUCGGCUAUUCUCGGUUCGCGGGUGCGGAUCUCAAGUCAAGUUGGCAGGCAACCGAUUGUUGGAUCGUUCUAAGCGAGUCUUUUGGCCGGAUGGCCGGAUCUGCAGAUUUCGGUCGAGUCAAGCGACUGCGUCAAGUGUCCGGCACACCGCGAUGUUGCGCACACGAGGCGAUCGAAUUGUGCGUGUUCCAUAACAUUAGGCGGUUCGCGCGAUCUUUCCGCGCGUUUAACGCCGCAUGAAAAAGAGGGAAAAAACGCGUUCAAUGUACAGGGGAUGUUGCGCGACUGAGGGAAGAUCGAGCGGGGAGCGGUGCAUUACGUCUGUACCUGACAAGGUUAUUACGUGUCGAGUUGACAUAACGUCCCGCGUGCCGUUCGCAGUCCACGUGACCUUUUAACUUGGCGCGGCGCGAUCGAUUUUUCUCGUGAGGAUUCGUCGCCCUGAUUCACCGAGUGGAAUGGUGAUGCAGGGAGGACUUGAAUCGGUGCGCUUCUGCAAAAUUGCCGUUGUCAAGACCGAUCGCGGUCUUGGAUUGAUUUACGUGGGUUUUAUCGCCACGAGUGCCUCGCGAGUGUUCAAGGUCGCGACGCCACAAAGUAGAACUUUGCUGCCAUCGUAGUUGCAACACGCUGUCGCCCGCAAGAACACAUGAGAGAACACAGGUUAAAGCACGUCUCGCGCGUACGCGUUCGCUCUUAUUCGCUAAGAAAACAUUUGAGAAACAGGAUUUAAGACUCCUCCGUUUCCCUCGAGGUGAAAUAAAUGGUGAGAGCCUAGCGCAAGCAUGUACAAUCUGAAUGUGAAUGUGAAUCCCAGCCCAACCGGGGCCGCGGGCUUUCUUGGUGUUACGGCAGCGGCAAGCGAGGUCACGCCAAGGACACCGGAAAUCGUAAACUCCCUGAUCGCUAUGACAAAUCCCUUCGAGGGCUAUGGCAGCGGUAACGAGAAGGGCACGAGGGACCGUACGGACUCGACCAGCAGUGGAGAACCAAGUCCGCCCAGCAUCCAACACACCUGCAGUCAGCUCAUCAAGGAAGGCUUGAAACUAACACUGCAGACGAAGAGGCGGGCGAAUGGUAACGGCCACGAGACCAAGAAGAAGACGAAAAAGGAGGAUGGCAGCGGUGCCGACGACGAGGAGGAGGAUGAAUCGAGUAACAACAACAAUAAGAGCAGCCUUACAGCGGAAGACGAGGAGCGGCGUCGACGGCGACGCGAGCGCAACAAGAUCGCAGCGACCAAGUGUCGGCUGAAAAAGCGCGAGAAAACAACGAUUCUCGUUCAGGAAUCCGAGAUUCUGGAGACGCAGAAUCACGACUUGAAAACCCAGAUUCAAGAGCUGGAGACUCAAAGGCGUAGGCUGGUCGACAUGUUGAGUCUUCACGGCCCGACUUGUUUGAAGCAGGGCGUGGAUCCUACGUCUUAUCAACAGUACGCCGAGCCCCUUCAGCUUCCCAGCUAUCAAGAAAAUUUCGUGCAACAGCAACGACCUCCGCCAGCUCUGAACCAACCGCAGAACUGCGUAAGCGAAUACCCGGUGAAGGUCGAGGAGUUCGAGACAGAUUUUUACCGGCAAGGCAGUCCCUACGUGCCGACGACGUCGGACGCCGGUUGCACAGUCUAGCGAAAUGGUGAACAUUGUCUUUCGUUGCUUUUUUGCAGAACGGAAAGACCGUUGAGAAGCUCGGAACGUACAUGUGAUAAAAUUCUCAUGAUAAAGUCAUUGACGGUUAAAUAAUUUAGAGUAAGCAUGAAUUCACCAAUAUCAAUCUGUUUUUGCCUGAAUAAUACUUAGUAUUUUUUCUAUGUCAGAAAAAUUUUUAUAUUAUAUUUAUUUAUUGUAAUUAUUAUAUAGUUAUAUAUAGAGACAUAUACGAUAUAUAUGAAAUUGUAUACAAGUAUUAAUUUUUGCUGACAUGAUGUUUGAAACGAUGUAUCUUUCACUUAAUGAGAUGGUCGGCGUCGCAGUGACGAAAGCAGGAUUACAUGCAUUCCACGUGUGAGAUAUUGGAGAACUGAAAAGAUGACUUCAGUGAAUGUUAAUAAUUUUUAUUUUGUUUAAUCUAAUAUUUAGUCUCUUAAAACGAGCAGUCCGAGCUUCUCCUUAUCGGUUUCUCCUGAUCGUGAGUCUAUAGCUCGUAAGCUGAUUGCAUUGUAAACGCGAACAAUAAUUUUUAUCUUUUAUCUUGUCUUCCUUCUUCUCUAUUAUUGAUAUCUCUUCCGUCUAUCUUUCAUUUCGCCUUUCCUCCUUUUUUUGAAAUAAGCUCUUGUCAUACUCUAAAAAACGUUCGAUGUAGAGAACGUUGAAGACAUUCCUUCGUAAUAAUUGUACUGUGACAUUCUCUUAAGGCCUUAUUAAUAAUGUAAUCGAUAAUGUAAGCUAACGAUGGAUUAGUGAUGCUCGCUUUUCUUCUCAGAACUUAUUAAAUUUAGAAUUAUUAUCCCAGAAAAAUUAUUCCAACUUGAUAAUAUUAAUAUUAAUUUCAAUCUUAGUUGCUUUUUAAUUAUCAAAAUAUGAAGCAGUAUCGCGAGCAUCGCCAAUCGAUAUCUCAUCGUUAAUUAAUAAGCGAGACCCGAGACACUGCGUCGAAUAUAUUUAUAUUUAUAUAUAAUAAAGAAGAAAUCCUCAGAAUUUAGAAAAAUUUUUAAUCUGGAAUUUAUAUUUGAGAAAUUGUUUUGCAAUUAUAUCGUAGAGAAAAGACUUGAAGCAAUAUAGUAUUGACAGGCUUAGUGUCAGCCGUUAAUGGCACAUAGGAACUUGGCCGAACAGAAAAAUCCUGUACCAUUUUGCAACGAAUGAGAGCGCGUCUCGAGUGAAGGCGUGUGGUGAAGGAGAAUAGGAGCAUAAGAGCGGCGAGUAUGGACGCGGGGUUUCUGUUCAGCUAAAUCCGGGCUAUAUGCCUUUAAGUCGGGUGUCACUGAGACACCUUAUAUGUGUUGAUAACAGAAGCGCAAAAUUUUAAAAGAUUUAAUCAGACUUGGAAAAUGAUGUUUUCAUUGAAGUUUUUGGCACUGUCUCGGAUUCAUGCCAGUGAAAGAAUACACGUGAGUAUCCCGGUGUAAGUCAUUCACGAUUGAUAUUGAUCAUCGAGAAGUCGAUAACGUGCGUUCAGAGAAUACUUAUAAUUAUACGAGUAACAAAUGAUAUUUAAUAUUAUGUAUGUACGUAUAUAUUUUAUACAAAUGCAUAUUAUAUAAUGUAACAUAACAUAAGUGCGCGCGCCUACACACACACACACACACACACACACACACACACAGCAGAGAGGGUGUUUCAUACAUUGCACAAUAUACUGGUUUAAUAUUACGUGACCAAUACAAUGAGACGAGAAUAAAUAUUUGGGAAAGAAAUUACAAAUAUAUAAUAUACAAGAUUUUCACCAUAAAUUAUUUAUUGUAGAAUUGGUUUCUCAUGAAAAAGCGAUUAUGGGACACUCUGUAUGAGACACGCCAAUGCGCAAUGAUCGCAUAAGAGAACACGCCGGUAACAACGGUUAAACAAACACUUAAUUACAUGACGGUUAAAUCUUAGAUUUGCGUUGGAGGACAGAGAAUUACGUGCCUAACGACAUACCUCAAUUUGUUACCCUCCCUCAGUGCGUUUGCGAAAUGAGAUUUUAUCCCGUCCUUUAUUGCCUCUAUCUCUCUUAUAUCCUUAUGUUUCACCCACAGAAAGGAAUCAUGUAAACGGAUAGAAUAAAACAGCAUAGUAGUGCCAAAGAAAAUUGCGAAUAAGCAUAGAACCAUGUGAUAAUCGUUUAACAGUUCUGUAAUAAUUGUUGCGAGUAUUUUGAAAGAUAGAAAAAGAGAUUUUAUUUGAUCGAAAUAUAAACUUUUUUUGACAAUUAAUUAAAUCAAUUUUUGUUCGUCUCUUUCUUUCGUUGUCACCUAGAUGUUGGAUUAUUUUAAAGACUAUUCCACGUAAUUCUAACGGAUUUGGCAAACGCACUCUGGGUUAUGCUUGUAAGGCGAUUUCUCAUACGAUCUAUAGGAGUUAUUAGUUACCCUCGAUCGUAAGUGGAAUGUGCUGUAACUAUGUAGAUUAACGAGAAAACGCUUACAAAUCUGCGGACUAUAUGCUUUCCUCUCUUCGGAGUGUUGCGUUAACAGAUUGUCAAAACGAGAGGACUUUCCCGGUGCUUUGCGAAAUGGAAGCGGGACGAAAGUCUUUCACGUUUUCCUCUCUUUUCGUUUCUUCGAUGCUAUUUACAGAAUUUACGCGAUAUUAAGCCGAAUUCAAAGAUGAUUUUUCAAGUCCGUAAAUUGUGUAAUAGUGAUGCUAGUAUCACAUAAAUGAAUGGUGCUAGAAAUAUAUAUUGCUUUCUUUUUAUAGAAUUUUUACUGAGUUGCCAGAGCAGAGUAUUUAAUAGUAUUUAAUACGCAUGUUAUUACAUGUUAGGCCGAUAUGUUAAGAUAAGUAAUCGGUUUCAUUUUGCAAUUACAACGAAAUAUUAGCUAGUUUAAUAUUCGUUCCAACAUUGAAUACUCGUUAAAAAGUGCUUCGAGAAAUUUACAAAGCAAUCUCCGUCAUUCUGAUAUAAUAAUCGACUUUAUUUGAAUACUGCCAAUGUUGAGAUCGCGGUUUCUAGUAUCAUUAAGUAAGGACCCUCCCUCUCUCUCCCUCUUUUUUUAAAUCUUUAUUCAGUCGACCAUACUGUGAGGAAUCUUCUUUCUCUUUGUGAGUGCCACUUUUUCAAGCAAAGUUAAGUUGCAAAGUGAUAAGGAUAUGCUUGCUAGAUUCUUAGUAUCGAGUCGGCAUUAUUGUACAUCUUCUAUAACAUUACCGAGUACCUGGCUAUGGCUUUCCAUGCAACAUGCUCAUUUUUCCCAGAAAUUUUUCAUUCUUCACUUAGAUUAGUAAGAGAAAAACGGGAAAAUGACCGACUAAAAUACUAAAUCAUAUCGUUGUAACCUGGAAAAGAAGGAAUCUAUUCUUUAAAUAAAAGUGCCUUGAAUAUUAAU